UAUACUCAAGAAGGUUUAAGUAAAAUUUGUUCUCUUUAUCAAUACGAAUUUGCUAUUAGUUUUGCAGCUGUUACAUCUUGUCGUGUAUAAACACAGAAAAAGAUUAACAUGAUGACUUGUAUUGUUUUCAGCAUUUUUUUGUAUUGGCAUCAUCUCGUAUCUGUAGUAAAUGCAUGUGCAGAUCGCACACCUCUUGGAAUGGCAAAUGGAUUGAUUACUUCCGAUCAAAUAUCAAGUAGCUCAAUGUAUGCAGAUUACCUACCAUCUCGUGGAAGACUUUAUUCUUCAAGUGCAUGGUGUGGUCAUGAAGGAACGUAUGUAGGAGAUUAUCAGUCGGAUUGGUUUCAGGUUCGUUUUAGUAAAAAAACAACCAUCAAUGGGAUUGCUAUUCAAGGUGAUCCACUAGUUAAAAGCAGCUUUAUAGAAGAAUUCAGAUUGAACUCCUCAAUUAAUGGAAAUGAUUGGACAAGUUUUGGGAACGGUCAGAGAUUUAAAGGUAAUAUGGACAACUUGAACGUAGUAUACAACUGGUUUACAAAAUCGAUGGUAGCUACUCAUGUUCAAUUGUAUGCAACGCGUAUCAAAUUACAUAAUGAUCCAUUGGCUACCGCAUGUGUGCGGAUGGAACUUUAUGGAUGCUUGCAGAAAGACAUCCCGUUACAGCUUGGUAUGUCAAGUGGCAUUAUUAAAAACACACAGUUAGAAACUAGUAAUGAUGGGUUUAAUAAAUCAGCAUCAAGAUUAUUUAUUUUUGGAGACGGAAUGUAUCGAAUGACUGGCGAACCAAUGUACUUACAAAUUAAUUUUAGAAAAGCAAAAACAGUCACAGGCAUAUCCAUGCAAGGUUCGUUCGAAAGGUGGGCUAAAAAAUUCAUUAAAAAAUACAUUAUAAAGUAUUCAAACGAUGGUAACACUUUUACCCUAUUAAAACAGAAUUUGAACAACACAGAUUUAGGUGCUGUAUUUAUUUCCUUUUUGGAACCUACGACAAUGAGAUACAUUAGAAUAACAGCUGUGGAUUGCAAAAGCACGUGUGGUAUGAAAGUUGAGAUUUAUGGUUAUGAUCCAGUGUGUUUCCAAACUUUGACACAAAUGAAUAUAUCUAGAAGAAAUGGUUCCGUUUUACCUAAUGUUGAUAUUAACGGUCCAGAUGCAUGGUGUGCAACAGAUAAUGCUGAAUAUGUUCAUAUUACAUUCACCACACCAAUAAUAAUCUCCGGGGUAAUUUUACAAGGAGAUUCCAACAGAGAUGGCUGGGUAAAAAAGUACAAAGUACAAUACGGUGUAACAAAAUAUGAACUUAUUGAGGAUUUAGUUGGUGUUCCAGCACGGAUAUCACCAUUAUCUGUAAACUGGCUAAAUCCCUACAUCGUGACAAAUUUUCUACACAUUAUUCCAACAGUAUGUAACAAUGGCAGAUGCUGUUUAAGAUUUCGAUUAAAAGGAUGUCAAUUUGUUUUAGAAAAGCCUCAUACAAUACAAGGAAGCAUAUCUUCUUCAACAAUCACAUUUACAUGGAAAGCACCAAUUUCGCAUCCUCUUUCUGUGGACAAAUAUCAUAUUAGAAUUUCAGCGUCAAAGGAGUAUGAAAAUAAACACAAGUUCUCCUUCUCAACAAUCAACGCUACCACAAUACAUUUGAUUUAUAGUGUUUCAAACAUCAACUUCUCAGCAGCUCGUGUUCAAGUUAAUAUUACGGCAGAUAUUCAAGGUGUGAAAAAAUCUGCUAAACCAUACAAUUUUUAUGUCCAACCAAAAGAUCCACCAUCACCUGGAUUAACUAAAAACUUUUCUUUUAAUGAAACACACAACGCCACUAUUGUCACAUUGACCACUUCGUCAGAUGAAAACGGACCAAUCAGCUAUUAUGAGAUUGUGAUAUCAACAACUCGAAAGACCAACCUAUCAAACCAACUAAAAAAUCAAGCCGAAUCUGAAUUAAAGAAUUUAGAUUAUUUUCGUGCUGCCCAAAUUAAAGCUGACGAUUUGCCAACAGUUGGUAUUAAAUAUGCUUUCGUAGAGGGUCAAGAACAUAUUACCGGUUUAAAUGCAAGAAUAUCAACCGUUGGAAAAUAUUACUUGUAUGCUCGGGCUGUUAUAGAUGGAAAGGAUAUUACAAAGUACGGUUUCAGCAAAAUGAAUUACUUUUCAAUUCUCUCUCAAGAAAUCAUGAUAGAGCGCAACUCUCUUAGCGUAUUUAUACCAAAAAUCUUGAAUGAUACUAUUCCAUCUGUUAGACUGGUGAAAGGAUCCUCAAAUAUUAAGUAUCAUUUUGUUGUAAUCAUGAAAGUGAAUAAGACAACUUUACAAGAAAAAGAACCAACGUUGUACAAACAGAAGGAGUUAAAGACAUACGAAACUGCUGAUUACAACGAACCUUACAUAGCUGGCGUAUUUAACAAAGCACAGUUACUCAAUGUUGAUGAGUUUAAAUUAGGUGAUAACGUAACGUACUCGAUGCCAUCCAGUUCUGCUCGCAAAAGAAGAUCAGUAAUGGAGUACAGAAAUGGACCUUUAAUUGCGGGUGAAACGUAUGUUGUAUUUCAAAGACUUCUUGAGCAGGAUGAGUUUUAUUCAACUGCAUGGUCAAAAGAAUUUGUAGGACCCAUGCAAGCAGAAAAUGGUAAAGAGAAGGUUGCGCCCCAGUCACCUUCAUCAUCUUCACAAUUAUCAUUGAUCAUCGGCAUAUGUGUGUCUUCAGUCAUUGUGAUUGUCAUAAUUGGUGUGAUCAUAUACAAAAGAAAGGUGGCAACGUUAAGGAUGAAGAGCACAGAGAGUGAAGGGGAUAAAUCGACUGGUGCAAGCAACUACCAAGAUCUUACAGGAAUUCAUCAAAGUGUAUCUAAAGAUACUUACGAAGAACUUCAAAAUGUCGCUAAAAGUGGUCCCACUUAUGAGCAGAUCGCAAUGAAAAAAGUUCAACACAAACAAAUGGAUACAUCACAAUUUUCCAAUUAUUUUAUCCGACAAUGGAGCUCAAACUAUGAAGGCCUUAAAAAAGAAAUUAACUCGUUGGUUCAAAAUAAUGACUACCGUCACUCGAACAGUAAAGCAGCAACUAAUGAUGUAAUUGAGAUCAUCUCCAGCAAAGAUCGAUGUGUUGGUUACAGCAUAUUUCAAGGCGUUAACCUAAGCAAUACUUUUGAUAUUUGGAGAAAAAUAUUUCUUGAAGCGUUUCCAGUUGUUGUAGUUAUACGAACCUGUGGUACAUUACGUUCGGACAAAUUACUUAACUGUCUAGUAGGCGAGACAGAAAAGUAUGGAGACUAUAAUGUACGGUUAUGUCAAACCUUAGUACGCAAAGAUCAUACAACUCAAGAAGUGGAAAUUAGCUAUGGACAGCACAAACAUAAAUUCUAUCUUUAUGAGUUUGAAGUAUUGCCAUUGAUGGAGUAUGUAGCGUCAACAGAAUACUUAAUGAAUACAUGCAGAGCCUUUAACCGCAUGGUUCAGACCAAGCAAAAUACACGCAUUUCUUUCAUCGAUAAUUCUGGUUACGGGUUUGAUAUUAUACUGAUUGUUAUUAUUGAAAUGAUGGUACUCAAUAAAGAAAAGGGAACAGUUGAUAUUUACAAUUUCCUUACCAUGCUUGUCAACAAGGUUUCGUCAUUAAGAGUCACUUUGGAACAGUAUCUUAUCAUACACAAAGUAAUUUGGGAAUUUAUAACGUAUGGUGAAAAGUAUGUGUCAGUUAAAGAUUUUCAAAAUGAAUACAAUAAUUUCAAGAUGGAAAAAGACGACAAAGGAAGAUAUUUUUUUGAAAGAGAGUUUCAUGAGCAGGAUAAGUUACGGAAGUCCCUUACAAACACUUGUAUCCCUGCCUCAAGUUAUAAGAAGCGUGUUGUUUCACCAGUUUCAUCAGAUUACAUUAAUGCUGUGUAUGUUGAUAGUUAUCAAAAGAGGAAUACAUUUAUUGCAACACAAGCUCCUUUAAAAGAAACAGUUUUGGAUUUCUGGGAUAUGGUUUUAAAGGAGAAUGUAUCAACCAUUAUCAUGUUGUAUACUUUUAAUGAAGAUAGAACUACUGAUUAUCCAGUGUUCUGGAAACUUCCAGAAGAUAAUUCAAAAAACAUUAAAGUUAAAUUGGUUUCUGACUCGAUGCACGGUGUCGUUAUGUUGCGAUCAUUUUUCGUAUCGGUGAAAGCGGCAACACAUCCUGUCAACAUUAUACAGUUAACAAAUUGGUCUCUUAGCAAUCUGCCAAAGAUUGAAGACAUGAAGUUAACUGUCGAGGAACUUAAAAAGUCUCAGGAAAGAUUGGAUCAUGGAACAAUUGUGGUAACGUGCGGUGAUGGUGCUUACCGAAGUGGAACAUUCAUCGCUUGUAUGAAUGCGUUGGAACAAAUAAAGGUAGAAGAGGGCGUCGACGUAUUUAACAUCGUAAGAUGUAUGAGACAAAGCCGACCAGAAUUUAUUUUGAAUAAGCACCAGUAUUGUUUCGUUUACGAAGUUGUUAAUUCGUUUAUGGAGAAUCACUCUGCUUAUGAGUAUAUCAACACAUGACAUUUUAUAUACAAUAAUUUCAAUAUAAAUAUAAGAUGUAAAGCCUAAUUUUAACGUUUUUGCAGCGCUGAAUGGUAAUUAAAGUAUAACUGAAUCACAUAUCAUAAAACAACACAUAUUGCAAGUUAUUGGGGAACAUAUUUGUGGACUCUACUGUUAAUUCAGCAUUGAACACUUCAGUAAAGUUUGACAUUCUACAAAGCACAGAGUAACUAAUACUUGCAAUUUUAUUUUAUAUUUUUAACAUCACUUGUCUAAGUAUUUGUUAAUUACUUCCAGUUUUCAAAUCAUACAUUGUUGACAUGAUUGGAUGUAAAUGAUCUUAAAGAUUUUUUACAACAGGUUGGAUAUAUUUUUAAAAUCUAAAAUUAAAACAGGCGGAUAUUGUGAAACAAGUGGUACCGAAACAAGUGAUUAAGUAGAAAUUAUGAAGUCCUACACAUCAUCAUCAAAUGCUAAGACUUUAGGCUAACUUGAAAUUACCAAGUUAGCAAGCCUGAAUACAAAAAGUUUUCCAAAACGUUGGAUGUGUACAUUUAUUAUAAUUAAUUUCAUACUUUAUGAUUCAAUGAUUUCAGUAAUUCCCUACGUUCACGGAUGCACGGAUGCACAUUCUGUAUUAUGUGUUUUAUUGCACCAGAGUUUAUCCAACCGCGUAUUGUGGCUGAUGUAAAAAAGUACGACUUUAUUUCCGUAAAACAUAUUAUAUCAGCUAUUAAACUAUUUUCACCAAAAAAAGGUUUUUAACAAAACUUUUAGAUUUUAAGUCUCCUUCCUUUUUGAUUAGUUUCAAAUAUUUUUAACUUCUUACCACUUACGACUUCCUUGCUUGAAUACUGGAAUAAAAUCAUUUGUCAAUUGAAAGCCUCAAUUUUGCAAAACCACGCAUUCGAGAUUUGAACAUUUACAAUAAUUGUUUUGAUUUCCAACAUCACUUAUAAUCCAAGUUACAGGCUGAUAAAAAAGUUGCAAGUACUAUGAUUUUAUCUUUAUUAUGUCAUGCACUGGAUAAAAAGUAGAAUUGCCUUGGUAUAAUUUAAAAAAUUAGCAAUUUUGUUAAGAUAUUGAACAAAAACAUAGUACUAGUAAAACGCUACAAUAAAGAUUUUUUAAAUCUUUUUAUCUCUGAUUAUAUAUUUUCAUAAAUAUCUUUAUUAUUGUAAGCUUAAUAAAUUUUAAUUGAUCUUAUAUUGGGCAUUGCGGUUAUAAAAUAUCCUAUGGGUUCUGCUGGGGUCCUGUAGAUUUAAUCACAUUAAAUAAAUUGGUGUAAGCUGUGUUCAUGAAAAUAAGUGGGAAUAGAGAUGGCAUUAAUUAAUAUAAUCUUAUAAUUAUAAUAUAAUUUUUGAGGGCAGGCGGUUUUUGCCGUUGAGCAUCACGUCAUUGAGCUUUUAGAGUUACUGUAAUUAGCUUAAUAAGAACAGGGUUUAAUUUUUGGGCCCUAUAAUGCAGCACAAUUGCAACGACAGAAAAAAUAUUAUGAAAGGUUGCCAAAUGUAGAAAACAUAUUGAAAGUCUUAUCUAUAUAUCAGUAUUUUAGGAGUUAUACCUAAGAAAUUAAGUUGGUGGUAAAUGCAACCCUCCUAGUAAAUAAGGGUUAUCAUAGAAUGAUGUCAAUUGUACUAUCUUAUAUUUGUGAUACCUUGUUAUUUUUUUUUGUUAAUUCUUUUAUAUAUAACUUGUUAUUAUUAUUAAAUAUUGUAAUACUUUUUUCUAAUUCUUUUUGUAAAAAAUAGUUAAAAAUCUCACGAAAAUGCGCGAUUUGAAAAUGCGUUAUUAAAAGACAAGAAAAAUCAGUUAGAAUAUGACGGGGUUUUUGUGACCCAAAAUACAAAUAACAAAUAUACUAUGGUUUGGUAUGUAAUAUAAGAAACAAUGCAAAUAAUAUUUAGAAAGACAACGGUUACAGUUAAAGCUGUUAAAGAAUUUACCAGACUAUGAUUGUACGUGUGAUGACAUACCGCAGAAUGACUAACCUCAACUUGACGUGUACGUGAAAAUUCCUUCAGUCGAUCGACGAUCGUGCACGAAAAAUUGUACCAUCCGUGAUCGAGAAUAUUAUAAACCGUUGUCUUUUGGUGCGAAAAAGAAUAAACAGUGAGAACUUUAAUGACUAUUUUGUAUUAAUGAACCACGACCAUAGCACCAUAAAUGCGUAUUCGUUACUACGGCUUCCUGCAAUUCUCACGGAAUAUGUAUUUAAGUUUAUGACAAGUAAAAUAAUUAGGACCUUGCCAAAAGACAUUUCAAACAAUAAUAAAAUAACUAGUUAAAAAUUAUCUGGGCAUUAUAAGUAAUUUAUUUUUUCCAAACCUUUCUGCGGUCCAUGAUUUUGUUUUCUCUUCUUUUUUUUUGCGACAUGUUCUACUCACUGUCUACGCGUUUUGACUUUUAACACACAUACACAUGUAUUUACUUAUUUGUUCUUUGCAAUUUAUAACUGUUUUCGUAUCCUUGUCAUUUGCUUUCACUUUUCCAACAGAUUCUAUUGCGGUUUUAGUUUUUCUCACCCACUUAACUGACGCCUUCUAUUAUUUUAAAUAGAAGAAAUAAAAUGAAAAAGUAUUGGUGCAUCAUCUUUUAAGUAACUAGCAUUAGCAUUUUAGGUACAUUCUGUUAUUAUUCUAGAACGUUUUUUCUUUACUUCUUCUCUUCACCACACUUGGAUGUCAUCAUGUGAAGGUCUCACCACUUACAUUUACAACAUGCAAACUGUAGUAAAAAUAUCUAUGAGACAGCGUAGUUCACCUUAGCUGAUCUUAUUAACUAACCAUAGCUAUAUGUUAUCUUAACACUAAACCAUGCGAAUAAAUAUUUCAUAACCUAAACAAAAAACUAAAAUGGAUCACUAUCACUUCAUUUUUAUGCCUAUCUUCAUUCAUUCAACGAUCAAUUUGACUGAACAUUUUCUUCAUUGAACCCGCAUAAGCAUCAGCAUGGCAUAUCCAUGCACUAUUCGGAUCAUAAUAGUCUUUCCAGCAAGUAUCAACAUCAACAUAACGAAUUCCAAGAUAAAGUUGACCUCUUUGUCCUGGUUGCGAUCCCAUCAGUUUAAUGCUCUUAUUUUUACCGAAAAUAAACGAAAAUUAGAAAAAAGUAUCCGAAAUACUUUGCUGUGCCUAUAAUGAUAGUUUAAAUGGCCAUCAAAACCUGUUCCGGAAUUAUGCGUUAAUCACAGAGUUCUUCAAUUCCAUUGCAUUUUGUUGCAUAUGUAUUGCUUUGCGUCCCGAUAAACAGAAGAGUAAAAAAAUUGAAGGGUACAUUGCUGGACGAGUAAUCUAAAUAAGUAAAAUGCUUUAGUUGUUAGCCAGCACAAAAUCUGUCAUACUACAGGUUUCCGUCCAUCCAAACACUACUAUUUCAUGAGUCCUUUACAGCGUUUAACUAUAAAGCAUGGAGAGAGACUACUGAGUA